AUGUUAGGUGAUGCUAAUGGGAAGAUUGGACAGGAACCAGUAUGGAAAGGUACAGCGGGAGGGAAUAGCCUCCAUAAAGAAAGCAAUGACAAUGGAAUGAGAUUGUUGAGUCUGGCAGUUGGCUGUGACAUGAGGGUUAUGAGCACGUUUUUCCCAAGGCAGGACAUCUACAAGGCAACAUGGGUAUCACCGGAUGGUCACUCCAAAAACCAAAUAGACCAUGUACUAAUUGAUAGACGACACUCUAGUCAUAUUACAAAUGUACGCACCAUACGAGGAGCUGAAUGUGGUUCAGACCACUACCUAGUAUUAGUUAAGGUGAAACAAAGAAUCUGCAUUGAAAAAAGGAAGGGACAAGAAAUUCACGAAAGCAUUGCAGUUGAAAAGUUGAGAGAAAAGGACACAGCUAAGGAGUUCAAGAUUAAACUAUCCAAUAGAUUUCAAAUCUUGGAGGAACAAGAACAAAAUGACAAACUCACUAUUGAGGAGAGAUGGACGUCACUACGAAACACAAUACAAAAAUGUGCUGAGGAAGUUUGCGGGAAGAAAAAACGAAGCAAAAACAAACCCUGGUUUGAUGAAGAUUGUAGAACAAUGAUAAAUGAAAGGAAACAAGCUAAAGACGUUUUGUUGAAACAUGGAAGAGAGAUUGACAGAAGGAACUAUGAGAUUAAAGCAAAAGAAACAGUAAAAAUUCUCAGACGGAAGAAAAGAGAAUAG